AUGCAGGCAGCGCCGACAGUGAUGGCGGCGAUGCUGGUGCAAGUGGCAGGGGCGACGGCAACAUGGCGAGCUCAUCCCUUCUCUCCUCACUCAGUGUACAUGAAAGACCCUUCUCUGCUCCCUCUCCCUACCUCCUCUCCGUUCCACUCGUUGUCUUGGCGCUCGUCGGACCUGCGGCUCAGGGGUGGCGGGGUGCCGAGCUUAUCCUCGCAAGCCUCACGAUUCGCAAAGUUCUACAGUGAAGACGGUCUGACUGAUCUGCCGAUGAAUGCUUCCUUUGCCAUGGGCUCCGGGAGCGGCGACGAAUACCAGGAGCAGGACUCUGCUUGUGAGGGAGAGCUGAACGCGUGGGAAGUUGGAAAGCUGCAACUGGAAGCAUGCCAGGACAUCAUGGAUGACUGUUACGACCGGUGGAUAAGACCAUGUGUAGAAGAACUCGAGAACAGAAUCUUUGAAGGAGAGGAGGAGGCAGCGCGGAAGGGAGAGUUCCGCCCCUACAACUUCUUUGCCAAGGAAGCCACCUCGAUCAUUCAGAAGUGCAAGAUCGUGAUAGACAAGGCGGUGAAGGACCUGCAGACGCGGCUCGAGGUCAUUCAGUUCAGUGCGGUGAGGGGAGGGCAACCAGUCAGCAGCAUCGAGUUUGAAGACUUCAACGUGGACCUCAAGCACGUCCGCCACCUGACCGUCGAGUCCCAUCGAGAGCUGCAUGCCACCACCGACAGGAACAUGGACAGGCUGUGGCAGCAGCAAAAGGCAGUGAUCAAGGACUACUACGUGGAGAUGUUUGAGCGAGGGAUCGAGAAUCUCAUCGCUGGUUCACGGCAGUUCAACAAGACCUCGUCCAAGCUGGCGAAGAAGAUCUACAAGCAGUGCGAGCACGAGCUGAAGUUGUCUGUGCCCAAGAACGGGAAACCGAGUUUCUGGAACUACACGCAGGACCUUGACGACAUGAAAGAAGCGAUGAUGGCGUUGAUUCAAGCCAGACGGCGAGAAGCAGGACUGGACGAUCUUGUUAGCUACUUCAGUGAGCUGGUAGAGCUGGACGAUGGUCAGCGAAUGUUCUCAAGAAAAUGGUGGAAGAAUCUAUUGAUCCGAGGAGUGAUCACCUAUUUCCAGAUCUGUCAGUCGGCCUGGGCGUACAGGAAGGCGAGGAGGAUCAUGCUCCCGCCGAGGUUCUCCAAGGCAUGGAUGGCUGCCGUGUUCCUGCCUUGGACCUUCUCGCCCGUCACCCUGGGAGACGUUCGGCCUCUCGUCCCAGAAGUUGUGGAGACAGCAGCAGCGGAGAGGAGGGAGAACACAGGAGGUGAUGGGGAAGGACAGGACGAGACCCACGAAGCUGCAGCGCAAGCACAGCAUGAGAAGCCAGAGGAUGGAAAGGAACGAGCGACUGAGGUCAGGGAGAAGGAGAAGCAGGUGGAGGAGAAGGCGGCGGCUGGUGAGGGCAAGGAGCACAAGGAUGCGGAUCAUGGAGGCUCGACGGAGCAAGAAAUCGAGUGA